AUGUCUCAUCCGACCACCGGAGAUAGACGAUUGCCGCAUUUGACAUCCAGCCCACCUUACGGCGGCGGAUCGGCCCAGACGGCCAUUGCCGCUGAUUCGCGGGUCCGAAAACAGUAUCCUCCGUCUAGGACCAGGAGUCAUCAGCAACAUGAUUCGCCGUCGCCCCGAAUCAAGAAAGAGCCUAGCGAGUCUUUGCAACAGUUAAGCCUUGCAGACUCUGUCAGACCUUCGCAUGGCACAAAUGAUACAAGACCAGCCAAACGCCCCGCGAUUGAACAAGAGUGGCACCCCAGCAAAAUCGGACCUGGCUCAGCAUCUCCAGCUUACUCUCCUGGCCGCCAUGACCACGACUAUGCACAUAUCCAUUCCCCGCCUCCGGACUCGUCCUCGGCAGGGGGAUACCCAUCUGCCCAUCAGACGCCCGUCUCCUCCCCUCGCGGAGUCUCUCACUUUGCUACCUUGGCGCGUCAGAAUCAGAAUACUCGUGCUCGAGGUUACCAUCCGGAGCCGGGAGGGAAAUACUUUGAUCCUCGACCUACCUCGGGUCACUCAUCCCAGGAUGACUACUCGGCCGAUGCAGACAUCAAACCACUUCUCCAGCCAGAGACAAGACCCAUAUCCCAGGAACAACUCGUCAAUGAAGUCAAAGGCAUAUAUGCUGGUCUGGUCAUGGUGGAGAAGAAGUGUGUAGAGAUAUGUGCCCAGCAAGCGCAAACCACCAAUAAACUCUCCAACGAGCAGUGGCAGGCAUUAAUCGCCUUACAUCGGACUCUCCUUCACGAGCACCAUGACUUUUUCCUGGCAUCACAACACCCUACAGCAUCACCAGCGUUGCAGCGGCUCCCCACAAAAUAUGCAAUGCCUGCGCGCAUGUGGAGACAUGGGAUUCAUUCGUUCCUCGAGCUGCUCCGCCAUCGUCUCCCGUAUUCUUUGGAGCACAUGUUGAGCUUCGUCUACCUCGCCUAUCAGAUGAUGGGCCUUCUUAUGGAGUCGGUUCCCGCCUUCCACGAGACCUGGAUUGAAUGCUUGGGCGACCUGGCCCGGUAUCGUAUGGCCAUCGAGGAGGCAGACUUACGAGAUCGUGAGACAUGGUCGAACGUCGCUCGCAUGUGGUACCAGAAGGCGGCCGACCGCUCCCCCGAUACUGGCAGGAUUCAGCACCACCUGGCGGUUCUCGCGAGACCCAACAUUGUUUGCCAGCUGUUUUACUACUCCAAGGCUCUGAUCUCGGUCAACCCGUUCCCCAACGCGCGAGACUCCAUUAUGCUGUUGUUUAAUCCACUCUUGGACGCAGCCACUCCUCUCGGCCAAAAGGCUAAGCCGGAUGCGCCCCCUUCCAAACAUUCCAAGCUCGAGACUUCUCUGGUUACCGCUGCCGGUCUUCUGUUCACCAAGGGUGUCAUCAAUCAAUAUUGCUUUCAAGCUGAAAGAUUUACAUUGGAAUUGGAGAACCACAUAGCACGAUCAGGUGUGAAUUGGAAGGUUCAGGGACCCGAGGUAGCUUCUGCCCUCAUUGCGUUUCUUUUUGACUUUGGUUCCGACAAGAAUUUCCUCUGGCAAAUCUUCCGUGCCAAUCAUGAGAAACUCAAAGGCUCUCAGCCUGAGGCACAGCAGCAGCAGCAACCACAACAACAGCAGCAAGAAGGCAGUACUCCAAUAACUCCGGAUCCCAUGGCUAAGGAACGUAUUCAUGGCGAAUUCUGGGGACACAAUAGCCCGAUCAAUGCAAACGCUUUCCGUCAGGCCACUCUCCCACCCGAACAUCGUGUUAACGUCAAAUUUACGUCGGCAGACGAAGUAACUUCGUACGCUCUUCCCGUCUGGUCCAAGGCUAUAUCCAUAGUAGCUGGCAAGCUGGGGGACCGCAACAUCUUACCAUUUCUCCAUCUUACGUUGGCAUUCCUUUGGUCACUGUCAUAUGUUCCAGGCGCCUUGAUCUACGUCGAAAAGUAUGUUCCGUGGAAUGUGCUGGCCGUUUCUUUGAACAGCUUGAGCAGAUCUGGAGUGGUUGAUGCACAUGUCGAGUCCAAGGAGUUCCCUCAACAACAAUCCGGUACGGGAAGACAGCUGCCCGAGGACUUUCCCAUGCGCGGCUUAGUCUGGGCGCCGUAUUAUUUCCCGUCCGAUUUUUUCGAAGGCCAGGUGGUCGACGAGGAUGAACGUUCGCUGGAACUCCCAAGCCACGCCGCACCCCGGGCUGAAAGAUGUCUCUGGCUGGGAGUUAGACUUGCAUCGUUGAAUCGCUACUUUACAUAUGACGCCUCAACCAAAAAGUAUGGCUGCACCAACUUUGCUUCGUCGCUCUCGGGCAGUGCGUCAAUGCAUACGUUGCGCGUUCAAACACCCCUCAGCGCUGAACGUGAUCUGCAAAUGGCCGACGUCUAA